GAACAGACGAAAUGAACCAAUAGCAUCUCACUAAUAUCCCUACAGUAUUGGACUUUAUUCAGUGGGAUAAUAAUUUCUGGAUAAAAUCCUACGAUUGACAGAUGUCUAUCUGUCCGGACAUUUCCUACACCGCUCAACCUUGGGUCAUUAUACUUGAUACUGUGCUAAAUGGGUCAACAGGUCAAUGGGUAUUCUACGAAGAUCAGGGGUCAUUCCAAAGUGAAUAUCUAGGUGUUUGGCGUUUUAAGGCAUUUGAGGCUGCUGAGACCCUUGGUGGCCUGAGGUGAAGAUCAACUUUUAUAUUAUGGAUCAAAUUCAAAUAGAUGAUGGUGGAACAGUGGAACAACAUAAAAUGCCAAUUAAUUUGUUUUGAUAAGAUUUAUUUGAUAUGCGUGUAUCAGCACAUAACAUCAGCAAACUGAAUUCUUAGGUCCAUGUUUCAAAAGUUGAAUACAUUCAGCUUAUAAAUCUUGAGACAUAAAAAUGAAAAGUUCUCUUCUGUGUAUAAAAUAGUAUUUACAAAGUGUACAAUUUAUCAAUAUUAAACAAAUUACUAGUAAUCAUUCUUUGUGCAUUUCCUGCUCAAUGGUGAACCGGAUCAGGAAUUCCUUUGUACAUGUUGUAAAGAUUAGUAUACAAGUAUAUGUGAACAUAUAUGUUCUGAGCCUGUGUCUGUCAAACCAUAUUCUAAAUAUAUGCAUCUCUGACUCAGGUCUGAAACAUAAUGCUCUAGACCCAGAUUUAAAGCAUUCAUUUAUAAACCAUAGGUCUAAUGAACCCACGUUCUGGAUCAGAGUUCGAACAUACCCUCUGGAUUUCAAGUAUUUCGAAAUGAAUGAUGAAUAUCUAAAUAAAAAAAAAUAGUUACAUUUAUGGAUUUUUGUGAAAUGUUGGCACUAUAAUUAUAAAAUAACACCACUACUGCUACAAAGGUUUACAUUGUUCGCCCCAGAAAUUUCUCUCAUAUGGAUGCAAAAUUCCCACUACCUAUUUUGACUCAAUAUAUGCAAUGUGUUGCUUCAAUGUAUGCAACGUGUUGGUUCAAUGUAUGCAACGUGUUGCUUCAAUGUAUGCAACGCGUUGCUUCAAUGUAUACAAUGUGUUGCUUCAAUGUAUGCAAUAGGUUGCGUCAAUGUAUGCAAUGUGUUGCGUCAAUGUAUGCAAUGUGUUGCUACAAUGUAUGCAAUGUGUUGCUUCAAUGUAUGCAAUGUGUUGCUUCAAUGUAUUCAAUGUGUUGCUUCAAUGUAUGCAAUGUGUUGCUUCAACAUAUGCAAUGUGUUGCUUCAAUGUAUGCAAUGUGUUGCUUCAAUGUAUGCAAUGUGUUGCUUCAAUGUAUGCAAUGUGUUGCUUCAACGUAUGCAAUGUGUUGCUUCAAUGUAUGCAAUGUGUUGCUUCAAUGUAUGCAAUGUGUUGCUUCAACAUAUGCAAUGUGUUGCUUCAAUGUAUGCAAUGUGUUGCUUCAACAUAUGCAAUGUGUUGCUUCAAUGUAUGCAAUGUGUUGCUUCAAUGUAUGCAAUGUGUUGCGUCAAUGUAUGCAAUGUGUUGCUUCAACAUAUGCAAUGUGUUGCUUCAAUGUAUGCAAUGUGUUGCUUCAAUGUAUGCAAUGUGUUGCUUCAACAUAUGCAAUGUGUUGCUUCAAUGUAUGCAAUGUGUUGCUUCAACAUAUGCAAUAUGUUGCUUCAAUGUAUUCAAUGUGUUGCUUCAAUGUAUGCAAUGUGUUGCUUCAACAAAUGCAAUGUGUUGCUUCAAUGUAUGCAAUGUGUUGCUUCAAUGUAUGCAAUGUGUUGCUUCAAUGUAUGCAAUGUGUUGCGUCAAUGUAUGCAAUGUGUUGCUUCAACAUAUGCAAUAUGUUGCUUCAAUGUAUGCAAUGUGUUGCUUCAAUGUAUGCAAUGUGUUGCUUCAACAUAUGCAAUGUGUUGCUUCAAUGUAUGCAAUGUGUUGCUUCAACAUAUGCAAUGUGUUGCUUCAAUGUAUGCAAUGUGUUGCUUCAAUGUAUGCAAUGUGUUGCUUCAAUGUACGCAAUGUGUUGCUUCAAUGUAUGCAAUGUGUUGCUUCAAUGUACGCAAUGUGUUGCUUCAAUGUAAGCAAUGUGUUGCUUCAAUGUACGCAAUGUGUUGCUUCAAUGUACGCAAUGUGUUGCUUCAAUGUAUGCAAUGUGUUGCUUCAACAUAUGCAAUGUGUUGCUCAAAUGUAUGCAAAGUGUUGCUUCAAUGUAUGCAAUGUGUUGCUUCAAUGUAUGCAAUGUGUUGCUUCAAUGUAUGCAGUGUGUUGCUUCAAUGUAUGCAAUGUGUUGCUCCAAAGUGCAGCAAUACAUUGCUUAAUAUUAGUUUGCAAUUGGAAGUCUAACUCUCUGCUAUAUGAAUAAGGGAAUUGGUGGAAACAAGGACUAGUUAAGCAUUGUUUGUUUAAAGCAUGAUGUGACAUAUCAAAAUAUAAAUUAAAAUAACUUAGUUAUACUAGUUCCAUUGGCAAUAUGGUAUGUCCCUCAUUUAAUUUCAAGUUACUUUACCUUGGCAGUGUCUUUCUGUAAGGCAAGUCACUAAUAUGUAAGAAAAUAAUAUACUACUAUGGUCCUGGACAUAACCAAUUUACUUUUAAGUCUCUUUUCAUAAUAGGUAAUUCAUGUAAUUACUCUUAGUGUCAUUCAAGAAGUUGAGAAAUAUCUAAAUUCUCAGGUCUUGCCAAAAUAAUGGAGCACAAAGGUGAAUUUCCAUGUUAUCACAUUAUAAGAAUCUCACAAAUAUGAUGUUAUAUAGAAUACAAUAUUCGACCCUGUAACACUUUACUGUUUCAUUACAAAGCCACGCUUGACACAGCAAGCCAUCACACAAAAUCAUACAUUAUAUACAAUAUUUAAUAUGAAAUGUUCAUGAUAUAUAUAUAUAUACAUGCCAGAUUUUGAAACCUUAAUAAAUAGUUUAUGCAUGGACAAAGCGCAACUAAUAAACAAAAGAGCACAGUGUGCUUGAUGUGAGCUAAUAAUUGCAAGAUAUCAAGGGGUCCAUUUUUGGUACAGUCAAAUCUAACAAAUUCCUAACUCUAGUCUCAGUUAGGAUUUUAUAAAGUUUUAUGAAGUUGUAUAUAUACAAAAAUUGACCCCUGACCUUGGUGGUCAAACAUUAAACAAACAUCAUUGGUAAUAUACAGGUAUUCUACACAAUAUAAACAGUACUGCAGCUUUUCAUUCAAAUUACUAGUAAAAUCUCAUAAUCUCAGUCACAUAUUGAAAGCCUGAAAUCAACAGCCUAGAACAUUACUUCGUUACACAUCAAGAAUUUUUUGAACUAUUGAAAAUCAGAAUUUGAACAAAGUUAAUCAUUAAAACAGUAAGAAGUCUGGAAUAUACCAAAAUCUAUCACAUUUUACUUAAAAAAUUAUAUGUAUUUAGAAAAAAUCCCAAUAAUUUUCUGUUCUAUAAAUCUAAGGAAACUUAAAGUCCCCAUUUUAAUUGAAUAACAUUAAUAUUACAAUUGACAUUUCAUGAAAUUUCUUUCGUGAAAUAAAAAUAUUUAAGUCAGCACCUCCCAGAUGUUCCCUAUAUCUACAUGUAUAUGUUUGGAUAGAAUGUAGGUUUCCGUUAAAAUAAUGUUUACAAAAGUUCAGAUAAAUAUGCUCAGUCUUAAACUGCAAAGUACAUGUAUAAGUAUAAUGCAAAUGUAAAUUAAGAAAUAGAGGGAGGGAGGGGUCUCCAAAUACAUAUGAACUUUUCAGGUGCAUAUUGAAGACUUGUAUUCCCCUUGUGACCUUCCGCAAAAAAACACCUUAAGGAUAUUGUCAACAGUUCUCUCACAUCCUUAAUAUAAGGACACAAUUUCUAAAAUGGGAACCAUCUUUACGCAUUUGUCUUAAUAGAUUUCUUACAAUCGAUUAUGGCAUAUUCAAAUGAGUAAAAAUAGGCUAAUCCUGAAUCUUCAAAAUAAGUUUUCCUUCCAAGUUGGUUAUUUGUGCUAGUUCUUCUUAGCAAUGUUGUUUGGUAAUGCUUGCAUGUCAAUUGUGUAUUACAUUUCUCCUUUUCUCCACAAAGUCUUGUGUGUUAUUAUUUCUUGGAACUUUUGAAGUUUUUACUCAAGAAUUCCUCUUGUUGCAUGUCAUUGCUAUAGUUUCGAACCAAUUCUG